AAAUUAUCAGCUGAUUAUGAAGGAGCAGAGUGUUGGGUCUCAUUAUCACGCAUGGUAUCAUUCAGAAACUUCCACUUUGGCGUUACACGUUGGAAGAAAAUAGUAGCUGUUCAAAAGGAGAAACAACAGAAGAGAAUACACUUAACGCCUAUUGUACGCGGUAACACAGUUUAAAGAAAACAGAAGCUUAUCGGCUAGAGACUUAUCUUGUUGAUGUAGCUUUCGAUACGCAUUCUUUUAAGGUGAUAUAGGCAAGUGCGCCGAGCUGGGCGCCGAGAAUGCAAUGAUGAUGGAGCAGGAAACGAUGUUAUCGAUAAUAGUAGAAAAGAAGAUACAACACAUUAUCCCCCCCCCCCCCCCCCUCUUAAUAUCAUGACAAAACAAACAAAAGGAAACGAUAGUAACCGUUGUAAGUAAGCAUAUUUUACGCGCCCGAUCAUGGCCAUUUCAGUGUUUUGUUGAUUACUACUUUCGAAUGACACCCUCAGCCUGCGGGGACAAACCAUCACUACCAAUUGUUAUAAGAGAAGGGGCGUAGUAAAUAGAUGUUAUAAUUAUAAAAACUUCCGUUUUACAGAGUAAAAACAGAAAACAGCAAGCCACUCACACUGAAAAACCCCACGCGAUCGCGCAACUGAACGUUGAAUUGGUAUCGAAACUUAGCGGUUCUCACAUGCAGAAUCAUCCUGUCGAAGAAUAUUCUUUGCAAGAAGAUAGAACACUUUACAGAAGCCACAUAUGGAGGACGUUGUUUUUUGAACAAGCUGCACCUUCAAAGUGCGAAUGAAAGACUUGAAAGAAGGACAGGAGAGUGAUGGUUAGGAGUUGAAGUUGAAGAGCAGUUCUGGAGCGAACAAGCGAGUUCGCAAACUACCUAUACCUAUGUUUCCUUGUACAUCAUUCGUUCCACCGAGAUAGCUAGGGAAGGACAAUUGGAAGCUAAGCGUGCACAUUAUACAUGGCUGCGAACGCACCACUAUAUUAUCAUCAUCCGGUAGACGUUAAGCGAGCUAGAAAAACUCCACGUAAACCACUAACAUUCCAUUAUUUGCAUCGCUGAUCGCGCCAAACGAUUCGAUGAGAUAUCAGAAGAACAGGAUCGGUACCACAAGAGAGGCCGCUUGUGAUAUUGCACUAACGUUUGUUCAUCGUGAUUUCAUUGCCAUUCUGUAAUCCAUUCCUACAAAUUUAUUAGUAUUGCUGCUGCUGUUGCUGCUGCUGCUACUACCGCUAAUCUGUUGCUGCUUAUGAAGCGCACUUGUUUCUAAUGUAUAAACUUAUAACAUACCAUCAAUCCACUCCACUCCACCGGUGAGUUCCUACAGCAGUGGAGGCUGCUGUUUUCGUUUAAUCGUGCCGUACAGCUUCACGCGGCUGCGCAGUCCCCGCCAUCGUUAUCUUUCAACGCGGCUCCACGCGUUGACCCCUCGCAUCUUACUAGCUGCAAAUCUGCUAAUCGCCUAAUAGAGAAUAGAGGAAAGGGUAGCAUAAGCAGAAGCACCGAAGAGAAGAGGAUCGGCCGAGCGGGCGGCCGAGACGAACUGAUAGAUGUUUUAAUCACUCCCGACGACGCCGGUCCAUGUGUCGUGUUUAGAACACCCGCGGAAAUGCGGCUUCUUCCUUCCCGCCCCACCCAAAGGGGAACCUGGAAAGCGUAAACAACAUGAAUCUCGUUCUUGCUCUGUCUUGUCCCAGGGGGAGUAUUUUACGCGUUUAGACGGCAACAGAAGGCAUCCCUGACGUCAGUUUGGUAGCAUAAAUAUAGCGCUUAAUCCCCUAGCGUGAUCGGUGAUCGCGGUACAGAAGUACCAAUAAUCUCGUAGCUUGGAGUUAUUCCCAUUUCCCAAUCAAAACCGAAUCUAGUUCUAUUGCUCGAAUUGUUGUUUUGCGUUUGUUCGUGGUUGCUGGUGCGUGUCAGUAAAAAUAGUGUCUCGAUCAGAACGCGGCGGGAGUUAUUGCAUGAAUUAGGUCAUUCAUCAACGGCAGCACAGUAGCCACUGGAGUAAUCGAUACGUUGCGUAUCCUUGCAGUUGUUGUAGCGUAAAGCGUUUAUUUUGUUGUUGUUUUGUUAGGACUUACUUUGACGACGCCAACGCCAACCCUUGACUUGACCUCGUGGGAGCAAGUUGCUGUUGCUUCAGUACCGAAAAGAAUAAACUACCGAUUUCUCAACCGCUAGGAUGUAGAUUGUCGCACUGGUUCCGCUAUCAAAAGUUGUCAUAUCGUUUAUGCUAUGGUUUCAAAGUUUAUUCCUUCCUUAUUGUUGGAUACGGAUAGCGGAAAUUAUGCCUCCUUGGUCUUCCUACAGCUUGUGGCAAGGUUGGCGGAUGAAGCUUGCCCUUGAAUGACGAAUAUUCUUAUUUCUCUGAGGAACUGUAUAGAUCGUAUUUGACGAAAAACUUGUGGUCUGCGCAUACAUCUUUCCUCUGCUGUCCACAUCUUGUGCAGCAGUUAGUUUCCGUGGUAACCUGACUGGUAGUCACCAAACAAGCAUACAACU